AGUGUGGAGUCGCGCGGCGUGCUGUCAGUCUCUGUAGUUGAGAACUCCUGCGGUCGUGGGACUCUACCAGGCAGCGCGGGCUUUCCCGGUCCCCUCGGGCUGCGCGAUCCGGAGGGCACAAUGGACAGCAAUGAGUUAAUUGACUACUUUAAGUCUCAGAUGAAAGAAGAUCCUGACAUGGCCUCAGCAGUAGCUGCCAUCCGGACUUUGCUGGAGUUCUUGAAGAGAGAUCAAGGGGAGACGAUCCAGGGCCUGCGAGCGAAUCUCACCCGUGCCAUAGAAACCCUGUGUGGCGUGGACUCCUCUGUGGCCGUGUCCUCCGGUGGGAAGCUCUUCCUGCGCUUCAUCAGCCUGACCUCUCUAGAAUAUUCGGAUUACUCUAAAUGUAAAAAGAUCAUGAUCGAGCGGGGAGAAAUUUUUCUCAGGAGAACAUCCCUAUCAAGAAAUAAAAUAGCAGAUCUGUGCCAUACUUUCAUCAAAGAUGGGGCGAGAAUAUUAACUCAUGCCUACUCCAGAGUGGUCCUGAGAGUUUUGGAGGCAGCAGUGGUGGCCAAGAAGCGUUUCAGUGUGUACAUCACAGAGUCACAGCCCGACUUAUCAGGUAAGAAAAUGGCCAGAGCUCUCUGCCACCUCAAUGUCCCUGUCACUGUGGUCCUGGAUGCUGCUGUUGGCUAUAUCAUGGAGAAAGUGGAUCUUGUCAUAGUUGGUGCUGAAGGAGUUGUUGAAAACGGAGGGAUUAUCAACAAGAUUGGAACCAACCAGAUGGCCGUGUGCGCCAAAGCCCAGAACAAGCCUUUUUAUGUUGUUGCGGAAAGUUUCAAGUUUGUACGACUCUUCCCACUAAACCAGCAGGAUGUCCCAGAUAAGUUUAAGUAUAAGGCAGAUACUCUGAAGACUAUGCAGACCAAACAAGAUCUCAAAGAGGAGCACCCAUGGGUCGACUACACGUCCCCUUCCUUAAUAACACUGCUGUUUACAGACCUGGGGGUGCUGACGCCCUCAGCGGUCAGCGACGAGCUCAUCAAGCUGUAUUUGUAACCCCCGGGCCCCUUCCUGCCGCCGCACAGCUGAUGUACCUGGGGCGGGGUGAGUAGCUUCUUGACCCCUCCGUGGGACAGGCCAUACUGAAUUUUUUUUUCUUUAAAGAUUUUAUCUUUAACUAAUCUCUGCCCUCAACAUGGGGCUUGAACUUAACAACCCCGAGAUCAAGAGUCAUAUGCUCCACUGACUGAGCCAGCCAGAUGCCCCCAAAACUGAUUUUUUUUUUUUUUAAGAAGACUUAAGGACUAAGGACCUAAAACCGUAAGACUUAGGAUUUCUUACGACCAUAAGAAAAUUUCUUACCCAUUUCAGCCCCAUCUAAAAUGUGUUCAUGGCUUCCCUAAAACCCAACCUGAAUUGUGUUUAUGGUGUCUAGAUACUUCCCAGUUUCCAGAAAUACAAGUUAUAUUAUUGGCUAUUUAACCAAUGAAGGACAUACCCAAGCCUACCUCCCUUCUAACCUGUACUCCAGACUGAUUUGCCAAAAGCAUCGAUUAAAGAGAUGCAGGCCUGAAAAAGCAGGUGUUCCUACAGGCAGCCAGGCGCCCCUGUGGAAACCAACAGCCACCCAGGACACAUAAGUGGUGCCUUAGGAGAAAGGCUGGAAACCCAGACUGAAGUCACAUCAGACUUCCAGUAGAGACCUCAAGCCCGGGGCUGCCAUCCCAACAUCGGUAUUGGGACAGACGGGAAGGAAACCAAGAGAACCCAAGGAAGGUAGAAACAACAUUUAGCAGGAGCAGCCUCCGUGGCUCAGCACAUACGAAGACCUUCCAGAACAUCUGUAAACUGAAAGUCUGUAUCUGCAGGAGAUGUGAAUUACCUUUAAAACAUGUUUGUUCCUGAACAGCUUUUUAAAAAUUGUACCUGGGGACAAAUCCAGCAUCUUCUCAAAUAAACUACACACAAGAUUUUUC